AUGGGUGUUGCUCAGGUAAAAGCUAUGGAGUUUGUCCCCUGCAAUGUACCUGUCCCUCAAGUGAUGCCCUUUUAUUUCACGUGUGAUGCUCAAUGCUUUGAGAAAGAAAAGAGAAAUUCUUUCCAAGCUAAUCUAAACUUAGAUGGUGUUGCUGUGUUUGCCAUUUCAGGAAAUUAUUACAAUCAAGGAGAGAUUCGUAAGAAGGAACUGGAACAGAGUUGUUUUCUUCUGGGGAUUCCUGCUUCCGACGUAACAGUCGUUGAUCACAGGGACCUUCCAGAUAAUCCUGCUGUUCAAUGGGACACGCAGCUCCUUGCCGCCUUUGUGCUAAAGCAUGUAGAAGCCAAUAACAUCAACGUGGUGGUAACCUUUGAUGCGGGAGGAGUGAGUGGUCAUGCUAACCACGUUUCUCUUUACACUGCUCUAAGGUCCCUGCACUCGGAAGGGAAGUUACCCGAAGGGUGCCGUGUGCUCGUGCUUGAAUCAGUAAAUCUCUUCCGGAAGUACAUCUCCAUCCUGGAUAUACCCGUUUCCUGCCUCCUGCCCAGAGAUGCACUCUUCAUACUCACAGAGGAGGAGACUGAACAAGCCAGGAGAGCCAUGCGGUGUCAUCGCAGCCAGCUCCUCUGGUUUCGCCACAUCUAUCUGCUUUUCUCACGUUACAUGGUGAUCAAUUCACUCCGCCUUCUGUAA